AUGGAUGAAAUUAGUCCCACAUCUUCCCCCAGCAGUAUUGAUCAAUACGAUGGAAAUGCAGUGGAAGAGCAUAACAGACUUCAGUUGAUCAAGUCUGUAACUAGUCUUCAUGAUGAAGAUGUCUUACAAAGAUUAUCUAUAAUUUCUAGAGAACUUUCCAAGAAGAAUCCUGAACUCAAAAUCGAUCCGGAUGAUUUCGAUCUACAUAGCAUUCUAUCACUUUUUACAAAUUUAGCCCAAGAGCAAGGGAUUCAUUUGCGUAGGUCUGGGGUUACCUUCUCAAACAUUGAAGUGACGGGCGUAGAUGAAUCAUUUUCUGUAGCGCCUACUGCCCUUGAUCUUUUGAAGGGGCCUAUCGGCGCUAUUCAGGCAGCAAGACUUAAAAAGAGAACUCCUAAUAGAGUCAUUUUGAAAAAUGUCAGCGGUUUGGCCAGACCUGGUGAAAUGGUUUUAGUUCUUGGGAGACCCGGGGCUGGAUGUUCUUCAUUAUUGAAAACUUUAGGAGGAACAGACAUUGACGGUUUUGAAUCUGUCUCUGGAGAUAUUAGAUAUGACGGCUUACCUCAAGCAGAAAUGUUGAAGAAUUUUAGAUCAGAUUUGAUUUAUAGUCCUGAGUUAGACGAACAUAUGCCUCACUUGACUGUUGAACAAACAUUGAAGUUUGCAAUUGCCUGUAAGACACCUCAUAUGAGAGUGAACGGCAUUACCCGUGAAGAGUUCAUAGAGGGCAUGAAGGAAAUCUUAGGAACUGUCUUCGGCUUAAGACAUACUUAUCACACAAAGGUCGGUAAUGAUUUUGUGAGAGGUGUGUCAGGAGGUGAACGUAAAAGAGUUUCGAUUGCCGAAGCAUUGGCUUGUCGUGCUUCAAUUUAUUGUUGGGAUAAUGCCACAAGAGGUUUGGAUUCAUCGACCGCAUUGGAGUAUGCAAAAGCAAUUCGAACUUCUACCAACUUAUUGAAAUCAACAGCCUUCGUUACAAUUUAUCAAGCUGGUGAAAACAUUUACGAGACAUUUGAUAAAGUCACCAUUUUAUAUCGUGGCCUUCAAAUCUAUUUUGGACCAACGGAGUUAGCCAAGAGCUAUUUUGAAGAUAUGGGCUGGGAAUGUCCUGCUAGGCAGACAACAGCUGAGUUCUUAACAGCAAUUACAGACCCAAUUGGCCGUUUCCCAAAACCAGGCUUUGAACACAAAGUACCAAGAACUGCCGAAGAUUUUGAGAGAUAUUGGUUGAAUUCUCCAGAAUUUGCAAAAUUACAGGAUGAAAUUGACGUCUAUAGUGCUAAUGUUGAUGAGGAUGAAACAAGAGAGUCUUAUUAUACCUCAAUCAGGCAAGAAAAGAUGAAAUACCUGCGUAUGACCUCUAGGUUUACUAUGAAUUACUUUGCACAGUUGAAGUUGUGUACUAUCAGAAGAUUCCAAGCUAUCAAGGGUGAUAAAACAUACACAGUUGCUCAAUUAAUAGCCGCACUCUCUCAAGGUCUUAUUGCUGGUUCUUUGUAUUAUAAUACUCCUGAUAGUGUCAGUGGUUCAUUUUCUCGUGGAGGGGUGGUGUUUUUCUCAGCAUUGUGUGUCACAUUGAUGAGUCUUGCAGAAGUCACUGCUGCUUUCAGUACGAGACUGAUUUUAACCAAGCAAAAUAAUUAUUCCAUGUAUCAUCUCUCAGCUGAUGCAUUGGCCUAUUCUGUUACCACUAUACCGGUCAGUAUUGUGGUGAAUUUUGCUUUCAUUAUUGUCUUAUAUUUCCUUUCGAAUUUGAGUCGUGAAGCUGGGAAGUUUUUCCUAUUCUUCCUCUUCACCAUUUUGCUUUCGAACACUGUCAAUUCUUUAUUCAAAACAUUAGCUUCACUAAACAAAACAAUUGCUGGAGCAAAUAUGGUCUCAGGUGUAUUUCUACUCGCGCUACUUAUGUAUGCUUCGUACAUGAUCCAGAGACCAUCGAUGCAUCCUUGGUUCAAAUGGAUUUCUUAUAUUAACCCAUUACUCUAUGGCUUUGAAUCAAUGAUUGCAUCGGAAUUUCAUGGUAGACAUAUGGAAUGUGAUGGAAAAUAUUUAACGCCAACCGGUCCUGGGUACGAAAAUUUAGCUACUGGUCAGCAGGUUUGUUCAUUUGUUGGCUCAGUUCAAGGUCAGAAUUGGGUCUUAGGCGAUGACUAUGUUAGAGAAGCUUUCGCCUAUAGCUUUUCACACGUGUGGAGAAACUUUGGAAUUCUUUUGGGAUUUUAUGUCUUUUUCAACUGCUUGAAUGCCUUCGCCAGCGAAUUCCUUAAGCCAGUCAUCGGAAGAGGGGAUAAAUUAAUCUACAUCAGUGGAAAAGUUCCAGAUUCUGUAGUCCUACCUAAUGAAAAGUCAACUACAGACACUCCCACUUCAUUGGAAAAUGAGAACAAGAAGGUAGUUGUCUUCGAUGACUUGAAGUCACAAGACUUAUUUGCAUGGAAGAAUGUCGAUUACGUCAUUCCUUACGAUGGCAAGGAAAGGACCUUGUUGGAUUGCGUAUCUGGAUACUGUAUUCCGGGUACGUUGACUGCACUUAUGGGUGAGUCAGGAGCUGGAAAGACAACUUUGUUGAAUACAUUAGCUCAGAGAAUCACCAUGGGUGUCAUCUCUGGUGACAUGCUAGUUAAUGGCAAACCUUUAGAUGAAAGUUUUAGUAGGAGAACUGGAUAUGUUCAACAACAAGAUGUUCACAUUAGUGAAGUCACAGUUAGAGAAUCAUUGGUGUUUUCUGCAAGACUCAGAAGAUCAAAUGAUAUCAGUGAUCAAGAAAAACUAGACUAUGUUGAAAAAAUUAUUUCUGUUCUAGAUAUGGAAGAAUAUGCAGAUGCUAUUGUAGGAAAUGCUGGUGAAGGUCUUAAUGUCGAACAACGUAAAAAGUUAAGUAUUGGGGUUGAAUUGGUUGCUAAACCGUCAUUGUUAUUAUUCUUGGAUGAACCAACUUCUGGUCUUGACUCUCAAUCUGCUUGGGCUAUUGUCAAAUUAUUAAGAGACUUGGCAAAUGCGGGCCAGUCUAUUCUAUGCACCAUACAUCAACCUUCAGCCACCUUAUUUGAAGAAUUUGACAGACUAUUGUUGUUGAAAAAAGGAGGUCAGACUGUUUAUUUUGGUGAUAUAGGAAAUCGGUCUCAGGUCUUAUUAGAUUACUUUGAACGCAAUGGAGCAAGACAUUGCGAGGACUCGGAGAAUCCAGCGGAAUAUAUCCUUGAAGCUAUUGGAGCUGGGGCCACUGCCUCUGUGAAAGAAGACUGGCAUGAAAUUUGGAUUGCUUCUCCUGAGAAGAAAGAAGCUGAUAAGACAGGAGAUGAUCUCAUAUCUAAAUACAAAAUCAAAGCUGAGAAAGAAACAUUCGGUGACAAAGAUACUAAGGAAAUGAUUAACAAGUAUGCGACUCCGUAUAGUUACCAAUUUAUGAUUGUACUUCGUCGAAAUGCUCUGACCUUUUUCAGAAACACCGAGUAUAUUGGUUCAAAGCUCGGACUAUACGCGUCAUCGGGUUUGUUCAUAGGAUUCACCUUUUUUGGCAUAAAGGAUAGUAUCAUUGGAAUGCAAAAUGCUCUGUUUGCUGCCUUUUUAUCAGUUGUCGUUGCUGCACCAUUAAUUAACCAAUCCCAAGCACAUGCUAUCAAGGGCCGUGACAUAUAUGAAGUAAGAGAAAAGAUGUCGAAUACAUAUCACUGGUCUUUGAUGAUGCUUAGUCAGUGCAUUAAUGAAAUGCCUUAUAGCAUAGUAGGAUCAGCCAUCCAGUUCGUUUCGAUCUACUUUCCCACCCAAGCAGAUACUUCAGGUCCUCAUGCUGGUACCUUUUACUUAACAUUAGGUGUUUUCUUUCAAUUUUACUAUGUCACUUUUGGAUUGAUGUUACUUUAUUGUUCACCAGAUGUCGAAUCAGCCGCCAUCCUAGUUUCGUUCUUCUAUACCUUCAUAGUUGCUUUCAGUGGAGUGGUUCAACCCACUUCUUUGAUGCCAGGUUUUUGGACUUUCAUGAACAAGGCGAGCCCUUACACGUACUUUAUUGAGAAUUUAACUACUACGCUUUUGAGUGGUAGAGAAGUAAAGUGUUCCAAGUCAGAGUAUGCAUUUUUCAAUCCGCCAACUGGACAAACAUGUAUGGAAUUCGCAGGGCCAUAUUUGAAUGCUACAGGUGGAUAUCUUCAGAAUCCAGAUGCAACUAGUGAGUGUAGUUACUGUGCUUAUAGUAGCAGUGACACUUAUAUGGCGUCUCUUGGAAUGAAAUAUUCGCACCGGUGGAGAAACUUAGGGUUCUACUGCAUUUAUGUGAUCUUUGACGUCGUUGCGAUGCUCUUUUUAUUCUGGUUUUUUAGGUAUAGACAGGGAUCGUUGUUUCCUGAUUUGACCUUCCUCAAGAGGAAGAAGAGAUAA